ACAUCAGUUUGUAAGUAUCUCGAUUUUCUCUCGUCUUUUCUCUCCUCUAUCUCGCUCUCUCUCUCUCUCUCUCUCCAAGCAGAAACUUGUUCGUCUAAAAAUUUUCUCAGAUCCGAAGAAAUUAGGGUUUCGUGGGACUGGCUAAAUGCAGAGGCAGUCAAGGUUUAUGGAGAGGACUGACGGGAGCAGAGGGAAGAGAACUUUGGAGGCGGAAGAUGAGCAGCAGCCUGAGCGAAAGCGGCCUGCUCUGGCUAGUGUCAUUGUAGAAGCUCUCAAGGUGGAUAGUUUACAGAAGCUCUGCUCAUCAUUGGAGCCUAUUCUUCGGAGAGUUGUAAGUGAGGAAGUUGAACGCGCUUUGGCGAAACUAGGUCCUGCUAGACUUAAUGGAAGGGACAAGCUGAGUAUUCAGAGAACUGUUCUAUUCCACUUUCAAUUGAAGGUAGUGGCUUCUUUCAUGAAGCAAGGUCUAUGGAUAUAUGGGAAAGAAAAUUAUUUUCUGCAGGUUUAUGUUGAUACCUUGGUGAAGAAAGCAUAUGAAAAUUGGAACCAAGUUAUAGAGUAUGACGGUGAAUCACUUGUAAACUUUAAGCAAACAAAACGGUUGAGGUCAUCUCGGAGUGAACUUCCAGUGGAUUAUCCUAAUGCCUUAGAACAUCAACUACAGCUACCGCGGUUGCCAAGUUCAGCUUCUAAUGAGCAAGAUUUGGCAGUUGGAGCUUCAGGAUAUAAUGAAAAUCUAGCUACAAGAUACCAAACCCAGCCACAGAUUUUGAAUUCUAAUCCUCGUCCCCAUUUUGAUGGUGCUGCAUUCGUGCCACAUGACCAGCUGAACACCCACUCUCACUCUACACCAAGUGCAAGCAAUGACAACAGUGUAGUGGGGCUGGUUCUUGGUCCUCCACAGUCAUCUACCUCAGGGUUCCACACUCUUGGCUCUUCUGUGCAGCACUCUAAUCUUAAUCCUUUUGAUGAUUGGUCACACAACCGAGACAGGGGACAUGAUGACUUCUUUUCAGAGGAAGACAUCCGUCUUCGAAGUCAUGAGAUGCUUGAGAAUGAAGAAGAUAUGCAGCAGCUACUCCGACUCUUUAGCUUGGGAGGCCAUGGCUCUAUUAACAUGCCUGAAGAUGGGUAUGCAUUCCAAUCCUUCAUGCCAUCGCCAAUGCCAACCUUUGAUGAGGACCGCACCCGUUCUGGCAAAGCUGUUGUGGGUUGGCUGAAGAUCAAGGCAGCAAUGAGGUGGGGUUUCUUUAUCAGGAAGAAAGCAGCCGAAAGGCGGGCACAGAUUGUUGAGUUAGAAGAGGAAGACUAACUGGGUUGUUCUAUGCCAAACUUCUCACCAGAUGCAUAUGUUAUUUGGAAAAUUAUAAGAUAAUAUUCAAGAGAGUACAACAGACUCAAGGCUUCUGGAGAUUGAAGUCCAUGGUUUUCAAAUUCUUGAAGACCUCUGGUGUUUCGAGGUUGGUAUUAUUGUGGGUGAGGAAUCUCUUCUUGUACAGUUGCCUGCCUGUACAGUGAGUCAUUUAAUGACUUCUCACUUUAGUAGCAUCGUCCUUUCAUCUUUUUGUGUAUGAAAUUCGCUCUUUCAGUUUAUGACCACUUUCUUGUUGACUCAGUAGGGAGGCACACUGAAAUGUUAGGUUUGACAUGCAUUUGUCGUUCCAGUUAAUUGUUGUCCAAGUAUUUAUGAAGACUUAUGAAAAUUGUUUGGAUAUUAUCACGCAGAGUGGUAUUUCAAAAAAAAAAAAAGAAAAAAAAAAAAGAAAAAAGAAAAAUAUCAUUGCGGUGUCUGAACGUUGCUGUAAAUCAUCCAGCUUUUCUA